AUGAAGUGUGCAAACUUGGCUGUGCUGCUGGUGUUUCUACAAAAUGCCAUUGCAUUGAAUGCAGCCAGCACCAUGCUCCAGAAUGUGCCAUUUGCCAAUGUAACUGGCUCUUUGAAUGACCAUGGAGUGUGCCAAUGCUCAGUGUACCUGCCAGACCCAGUGUUUCCUGUGCAGAAGGUCGAGAUGCUGGAAAUCACAGCCCAAGUGCUUUCUGAGAAAUUUGACAGAGAGCUUACUAAAGUUAGCCAAUAUACUAAAGCAAUUGAAAUGUACGAACAAAAAAUCCAAAACCUAACGAUCAAGGUGGAACAUAUGGAGUCGACCAGUGUUUCUUACAUGGAGUUGGACUUUCAGUUACUGAAACUAGAAAUCAGUGAAAUGGAGAGACUGGUCACUCAGCUGAAAUCCACACUUGUUGGAAGCAAUGUGAUUGUUGAACAACUGUACCUGGAGAUCAAGAAUCUGACUCUCAUGGUAAAUGAUCUGGAAUCAUUAGAUAAAAACAAUAUCCUUGCAAUCCAUCGAGAGAUUGUGGCUCUCCAGAAUAGAUUGAAGGAAUGUGAAAAACACAGAAAUCAAACCAUAAUACCCUCCUAUUUCCCGCCAGGCAGCUGUGGUCAUGGUGGAAUUGUGAAUAUCAGCCAGCCUUAUGUUGUACAGCUGAACUGGAGAGGAUUUUCCUUCAAAUAUGGUUCCUGGGGUAGGGAUUACUCUCUUCGUACUCCGCAGAAGGACCUAUACUGGAUUGCACCUUUGAAUACAGAUGGGAGACACUUAGAAUAUUACAGACUUCAUAAUUCCUAUGAUGAUUUGCUGCUAUUAAAAAAUGCUAGAGAGUUAAAAAUUCCAUAUGGGUAUGGGGAAGGCAGUGGCACCACAGUUUACAAUAACUUCAUGUAUUACAAUAUAUAUAAUUCAAGAGAGAUAGGCAAGCUCGAUUUAAACACAAACACAUUGGCUGUGAGGAAAACUCUGCCGAAUGCUGCUUAUGGUAACCGUUUCUCUUAUGCUGGUGUUGGGUGGCAGGAUAUGGACUUUGCUGUGGAUGAAAGUGGAUUGUGGGUAAUUUAUUCAACCGAGGACAGCACAGGUAAUGUUAUGAUUAGCAAACUCAAUGAGACCACACUUGAUGUGCUCCAUACUUGGAAUACAAGGCAGUACAAGCCAUCCAUUUCCAAUGCUUUCAUCAUAUGUGGUGUUCUAUAUGCCACAAGACCUGUCAACACGAGGAAAGAGGAAAUAUUUUACACAUACGACACAAACACUGAACAGGAAGGUAAAAUUAGCAUAAUUAUGGAUAAAAUGUUAGAAACAAUUCAAAGUAUCAACUAUAACCCCUCAGACCAAGUCCUGUAUGUUUACAAUGAUGGCUACCUUGUUAAAUACAAUCUUAUUUUUCAACCUGUGUUGCAUUGA